CCCGAACAACCUGCUCGAAAAUAAUCAUGAUUAUCCAGGUUUUCAAUGAAUGUAUUGUUGUUUUUGUUGAGUCUAAUUCCUUCUUGUCGUUUUUGUUCUUGAUGGUAGAAACAAAUAGGACUAUAUGAAUAAAUGUGCAUCAUUAUAUUUAUAUAUAAGAAGAGUUGGAGUUCAUCGUCGUUGAGCUAUAGUUGAUGCUAUUUAGCACCAGCAGAUUGAUAGAAGAAAUUUUCUCCCUCUGCUGUCUUCAUCGUCCGUCGCGCGUGCAGUCAGAAGACCACGCAUAGUUUUUACACUUGAUUAUUUUAAACAUAUAUAAUUAAAUAGAUAAAAAUGGCUGAUCUGUAUCAGUGUGGUCAGAGUCCUGCGCAGGAACUGCAGCUCCGGCGCGAGAUCAAUGCUGCCAGCAUGCGCCCGCACGUUUCUCACCCGUGUGCGCGGGAUUUUCGAAUGAUUACGAGCGGCAUCGACGGCUGCAACAUGGUCGUACUGGAUACUUCCGCGAAAUAUCGUCCGAGUGCGGUGUCGACGGAAGCUCGGGAUCAUUUUGGCUACAACAUCGAGGACCCCGUUUGGCGCAUGCGCGUAGCGAGCGGCAACCAGUUGACCCAGGCGAUCCGCUAUGCCGGAAAGCCGGCGGGCAUCGGUGCCGACCGCGUGAACCACCAUAACCGAAAAUACGAACGCUUCGAGCACUUGGUGAACCUCCAAAAACAAAGAGGAUGCUACAGCAACGAGUAAGAACUGUUAGGCCGAAGCCUUGCAUUUUUCACCACUAUUUGUUUUUGUAGACUUGUAUCUCGACCUCCAUGACUACGAGGCACCAAAUUUGACUAAGUAUUCGUUAAUCCAUGAGAGGGGUUCUUGUAGUGUCCAAGAAGCUUUCAACAUCAAACAUCGCUGAAAAAUAGGGCGGAAUGGCGUCGGGUACGAUAUACGGAACUGGGACAAGGGAGAACCGUAGCCAACACAAGGCUCCCGGACGAACUAAGGCCUCGAGUAGAACGAAAAGUGCUUGAAGACGGUGAGCCGGCUUCCAUAGUCACUUCCAAAUACCGGGUUGUGGAAAGCAGGUGCUCAUAAACUAUGUUCAAUAAUUUUAUAUGUUGCAUCUAAUCUCAGUGAGUUCGUUGUGAACCGAUUGCUCAAAGGAUAGUAAUAGAAUUUUUUAUGCUUAAUAUCAAGAUGUCCUUCUUUACCUGAGCGACUAUGUUUCUGUUUUUUCAACAGGCAUCCGCAGUACAGUGGUCGCGGAGGCGAGCAGACCGCAAGGUCGUCUGGCCGAGGAGAUGUGCAGCCGAAACGUGUGCGCGCAAAAUCUGCGCACAGAUGAUCGCAGAAGAGCAAUGACAAAAGACAAUACCUGUGAAGUUACUCACUCAUUGUAGUAACUUACUAGAAGAGGCUGUUGAAAAUCUGAUGUCAUUACUUUGAUCGUAAUUGGUCAGUGGAUUGGGAUGAAUUUUGUUGUUCAGCGCGGGUGGGACCUUCACUCUCAGAAGAGAUUGAGGACUUCCCAGGGAUAUGCAACGUGUUUUCUUUACAAUAAUGGCCGCCAUGAUUGGAAUGUUGUCGACUCAUACACAUUGAUAAGCAUUGAGCAUACGCAAAAUUAGGUUACCAACAUGACAAGCGCAAUGUCACUAGGUAGUGAUUAUUGCUUGUCUCUCCUGCCUAGAACCCCUAGCGCAGGUUCAGCAAAAAAAACGUGACAUGUGAAUACCUAUGGAGAAGUACGUAAUAAAUACAACGAGCUUACUGCUUCGAUGACGGCAUAUUUAUUGUUUGAUUCUAUUCUUGUUCUUGAAGACGAAGCAGACGAAGUCGCAUCAUAUCCUGUAGACUUCGUCCAUUAUUUUGGACAUUUUAAGGUCCACCUGGAUACGAAGUACAGCAUACCCCACGAAUCAAUCUAAAAGAAAAGGUAAUGAGAAUAUCGAAAAUGUUGAUGAUGACGGAUAAUUACGGUGGAAUGUACACCAGGCAACCGUAAUCUUCGAUCGUAUUUUUGUCAUGUAGGCUGGCAUUGGUAGGGUUCUGUGUACGGCCCACGAUCACCGAUGAGACUAGCGAAAAAAAACAACUUUUAGAUGCUAUGUCGAGUCUGGACAAAUGCGAAUGUCGAAAUACAAAAAUGAAAAUUGAAGAAUUCACUCUUUGACGAAUC